AUGAAGAGUAAGGGAAAGGAAAAGUCUCAAAGUCUUGUACAUGUGUCCAAUUUCAACUUAAAGGGCAAGGUCAAAGGAACAUGUACAUCUAGGGCAUAUCUUUCCUGGAACAAAGAAAUGGAUAAUGUGCUUGCUAAAGUACUUUAUGAUCAAAUGAAUGCAGGACACAAAGCUGAUGGAGACUGGAAACCGCAAGCUUAUCAAGCAGUAGUGGAUAAGUUGAAUACUACAUGGCAACUUGGUCUCACAAAACUUAACGUCACGAAUAGACUCAAGGCUUGGAAGAGGCAUUAUGCUAUUAUCACUGACAUCAGAAGUCAAAGUGGGCUUGUUUGGGAUGAAGAAAAAAAGAUGGUUCCAAUCACUGCAGAAAACCUGGAAAUUUGGAAUGCUUAUGUUGAGUCACAUCCUAGUGCUAAAGGAUAUCAAAAUAAGUCAAUAGAAAACUGGGAUGAUAUCGCUAUGCUAUGUGGGAAGGAUAAAACUACUGGUGAAGGAGCAGAAGACGUUGGAGAUGCUGAAGAAACUAUGGAAUUUGAAGCAGAAGAUGAAAGUGAUGUGACUCCCAAUUCACAUGCCUCAACACAUGCAGCAACUUCAAAUUGUGAUCCACAUCCUCCAAAUAAGACAAAGAAAAAGGAUCCACUAGCACAAGCAAUUGGAGAUGUGGCCAACACCUUGAAAGAAUUUAUGGCAGCUCAAGUGUCCCCACAACUCAAAGGAGAGGAUGUACAUGAAGUGGUUUCUAAAGUACCAAAUCUCAGCAAAUUACAAGUUUUCAAAGCUGUACGCAUAUUGAUGAGUGGUAACCUCGAAGAAUUCUCUCUAUUGAAGUCUAUUAAUGAUGCUGAAAAGAAUGAGUGGAUAAGAAUGCUUAUAUGGCAAUAUGAAGGGUUUGGAAUCUCUUCCUCAAUGCUUUUUUGGGGCAAUCAAGGAAUAAAGAGUGAGUAUGACAAUUUGGAUUUUCAUGGGAUGGAAUUAUGGAGAUGA